CUUGUCAACAGGUUCGACCUUGUGUCACGACAGAAACUAAGGAGGGGAAAUGACAGCGUAGCUACAGGAAAGCUUGUGCUAGGGUCAGCUAGCGGUGUGAUGGAUGUACACACGAAGCGCUGUGUCGUCUGCUCGCAGGUAAGGGCUGAAAAUUAUACAGCUCACGACAGAACAGAAUGUUGUGAAUCCUUCCUGCUUAUAAUUGUGUGAUGGUAUGUUGUGCUGAUUUGUACCAGUUCAUCUAAUUUAAAAGAUAAAACUUUACAAAAUGGCUUGUCGAAUACGAAGCAGACGACAUUUGGGAAAUGUCAAACAGAUUUGUUUAUUUUCUAUUGGACUUAUACUGCUCGCUAAUGUAGUGAUACUACAUCGAAAAUUCAACGGAUUGGAAGAAGAAAACAUGGUGGAUCCCGGGGGAACUAUUAAAUACAAUAAACACGAUAGACACUCUGAUUCUGUUUUCGAGGAUAUGUCACUUGACAGUGCAUGGAGAUUAAAUUUUCUGGAAAAUUACAAUGGAUUCGAACGCCGACUGAGAAAAUUGAUGGAAAAGUCGUCAGAAAGUGGUUUGUAUGGUAUGCGAAUGGAAGGCACUAGUCAACUUGACACACCAUCAUCGAAAGAUUUUAUAGGGUGUGAUGAAAUUGUCAAUAUUACUGAAAGAAAGUACUUAGCGUCUGGCUGGACCAAGGCGGUAUACAGUGGGAAAUAUAAAGGCAAAUCAAUAGCUAUUAAGACCGUGGAUGUAAGAGGCCAAGACGUAUCGACAUGUGUAAGCCGUGGGUUUACAGCGUCUUACUGUUAUAACAAGGCAGCACAGAAGAUAGUCAAGGAAAUAUUAGUGCUACAGGCACUUACACACGAUAACGUCAUUAAGGUACUGGGAUUCUGUGUGCCAAACCAAAACAACAAUGUCCAGGGUGUUGCCAUGAUUACGGAGCUUGGGGAGACAGUCAACCUCAUCAAACUAUUGCAGAUGUCUUGGGAGGAUCGUCUCAGGGUAUCCUAUGACCUGACCAAAAUCGUUCAUUUUAUGUCCAACACACAAUACGGAAGUAUGGCCAUGAACGACUUCCGGCGCCAGCAGUUUGUCCUGGUUGAUGGUGUUCUGAAAGUUUCCGAUGUGGAUGAUGCGGGUUUUUCUGAUCCAUCUUGUACGGAUAGUGAGACCUGUACUAUACAUUUCUCCUCUGCAAACUUCACAAAAAGAUUACCAUGUAUCCAUGGUAAAUGUCUAGGUUACAACGAAAAAAGGAACCUCUUUAAUGGAGCAAGACAUUUUACAACAUACUUGUUGCCACAUGGGGCUCCUCCUACUCUCCGCGGAUUAAUUAACAAAACAAUUGACGGAUUUGCAAACUUGACUGCCAAUGCUGGUCAGCUGAUGGCUAUGAUGAAUAGAAUAGUUCAAUCAUACAAGACAGGGGCUUACCUUAACCGGACAAGUUCCAGCGACUAUCAAACAAGAUACCACAUCUAUUCCAAAAUGGAUCUUCCGGGCAAGUAUGACUACAGAUGUCGGGUUUCACUUUCUGGAAGUGGGUGUACAGUGUCUAUUUUUGACCAGAAGGAGGCGGAGAACAUAUGUGACGACGAUCCAGAUUGUCAGGGGUUUGUUAUGUCUAAACAGCUCACAUGGACAGGGAGAAUUCUUGUUCAUCUGAAAUCAGGCGUAGACAAUCCAACGACUAAUGACAACACCAUUUUGUAUAUCAAACCAAAUCCAAAUAGGAGUGUUUAACCAAAAGAGCAAAUAUCACAAAGUGUGUGAGAAAGAGAGUGUGAAUAGAGCACGAAGAAAUUCACUGCGAUUAUAUAUAAGUAUGUGUAUUGUGAAAUUCCUUGGUUGUUUGGUAUUUAUUCACUUUGCCUCAUGUAGUUCUUACGAACAAAGUUGAUAAAAACUUGCGCUAUUUUUUUUUUUUUUAACUUUUUGUGUAAUAUGACAGAGUUGUAGCUCAUUUCCAUGGUUGUGAUGUUUUAGUUAGUUCCAUUGGUUAUCUGUUGUGAUGUUACCGCCAAUCUGAUUGGUUGGGACACUCACUUCGAAAGAGUUAUUAGUUAAGCAUUAACAAUUCACUAACUUGUUACCAUUUUUAAUGUUGGUUUGAUACUACUAGAUGGUAGUGAUAUCAACGUAGAGGUUCACUAUGUGAACAUAAUUCUGUGGAAUUGUUGGUGCUUUAUGAUCGGAUAGCAGGGUAUAUACAGAAAAAAAAUCAAAGAAGUAAUUACUAGAGGUUAUUUCAUCAGAAAAUCUAGUCAUGUUGUAAAUUUGUGAGUUGUUAUAAUAUCGCUGGUGGGGUGUACUUAACGUCAUUUUUAGCGUAGUUUUAUACGUGCAAUGAUGACACCUUUCAAUACUAAUUUAGAAUUAGAUACAUCAAUUUGAAAUAAUGAAAAAUACUGCUGUUAUUUCUUUUAGAACUUGUCAGUGAUACCAAGUGCCUAAAUUCUGAAACUUAGAAGGCAAAUGAGCAUAAUCAAAAUUUUAUCGAAAUUCAUGUCAAAAUCAAAAAUAGAAAAUGCCUAUUCUUUUAAGUAUGAUAUGGUAAUGUGAACAAAUAUUUGUUAUAUUUAGUGUUCAGUUGUUAUACGCGAUCACCCUUAUUUGAUAAAUGAUUAAUAAUGUCAUUAAACAAAUUAAUUCUGUUUAAACUAAAUACAGCUUAAACCUAAACAUUGCAUGAAACGUUGGCUCGUCUACAAUUAACACAUUGUUAUACCGUUACUACUUAGCCCUACAUAAUUGAAUUAUUUAGGCGUUCAUGUGCUGAUAUACCACAGCAGCUCCUGAUGUUUGGAUCAUAUUAAUUACUUCAAUAUUUUAGUAUAUCGUACACUGGACGGCAAGGUCAUCUACUUUGAAUGCUAAAUGUUAUAUAUUCCGACUUCUUUAUGGAAUGGUUUAUUUUAGUUUUGAAGAUAAGUGACUUCCACAAUUAGGAAUGCUUGUAACUUCAUUAUAAAUAUUAAAAAAAGAACAUGCAUUUCGUGAGAUUUACCAUUUUCUUAGAGAAAUCAUUAUCCGGAACGGAAAGAAAUUCUUCAAUUACAAAAGUUUUAUAUUGGUUUUAGGAAGUUUGAUACCUAAAAGAAAUCCAAAACACAACUUUAGAGGCAGUAUUAUUGUAUUUUGUGUUACUUACCAUAAUGUCGUUUGAUCAUCAUAAAUCCAACCAAAAUUGUGUCUACAAUGUGAACAUCCCAGUUUUCCCAAAGAUACGUAAAGACCCAGUCAUAUAGUAAAUAUCAAUAAGAAAUAGUUUUCUUAAAACAUUUUACUAGUGAUAUGUUCAGUACAAAUAGCUGAGUUGUGUAACCGAGUUUAAAUUGUGUGGUGUUUCAGGGGAAGGCACUCCUGUUUAAAUAUUGCCGUUUGUGUGUCGUCUUGCAUUCUAGGUCAAUAUCCUAUCCUUUUGUUGAACACUUUCAUCAAGAAUUUAUUUCACAACCGAGCACAUGUAAGUAAUUAAGAUGAGCAACCCAUAAUUUCUAACAAGUGAAAAAAAUGAAAUACUCGACUUUUGAUAAUGCGUCAAAGGUAUGUCCGGUAAUACCCAAAAACAAUACUCCCCAGAAACAUUUCUUCCAUGUGUGUUUUUUCUGAACAAUUACUUUGUUAUAUAGUCCCGUUGCUAUAAAGCUGGUCAUUACCGACCUGCGUUCCUUGAAAUAUAAUUUCAUGACAUUUUUGUAUACUGGAUUGAAUCAAAAAUCUUUUCGAAGCUCGAAUUUACGUGUCGUUGACGAUAUUUUUGUUACGAAGUACAAACC